UUCCUCCAAUGUUGACUAUUUCAAAUCAACUGGUAGGUGGCUAUAUUGGUCAGGACAUCAAGUUGGAGUGUCACACCGAAGCGUUUCCAACGUCUAUAAAUUUUUGGACAACCGAAAAGGGCGAUAUGAUUGUCUCGGGUGAAAAAUAUGAGGCCAUAUCUACGGACAGCGGGUACAACAAGUACAUGAUACUGAAGAUAAGGAAACUGUCACCACAAGAUUUCGGAUCAUACAAAUGCGUGGCGAAGAAUUCACUGGGCGAAACCGACGGAUUYAUCAAACUAGACC